ACAUUUCUGUGCUCUAUCUCAGGUGACCUGGCCCAACUUCACCUGCCUCAGACAAAUGUAGAAGUAAUCCAAGGGAAGAGGGUAGUGCUGCAGGCUUCUUACACUGGUCCAGAGAUUCAGAAAAGUACAGUGAUCUGGAGCUAUGUGUCCAGCAGCACAGAAAUGAUCAUUUCAUAUGUCGGCGGAGUCUUAAGUUGUAGCAAUUCCCGGUUUGCAGGUCGAGUCGGUUUUAUUCAUAAUAUGACCAACAACAACCUGUCCCUGUACAUUAACAACGCCAGAGCAUCAGACUCGGGGAAGUACAUGUGCCAGGUCGUCAUUCCAGCAGGUCCAGCAGACACCAAAGAGAUCAUCCUUAAUGUUAAAGUCCCUCCUUCAGUGCCAGUUUGUCAAGUUAAAGGAAAGCCUGUUCUUAAAGGGAACAUCACUCUGGCUUGUAACUCUAAAGAUGGUAAACCGACACCAGGAUACAAGUGGACCAAAACCAGCCCCAGCUCAGAGAUCUUCUUCCCUCACAGCAAAAAUGAAACAGCAGGAACUUUAAAACUGAACAACCUGAGCAGUAAUAUGUCGGGGAAAUACAUGUGCACUGCAUCCAACUCUGCAGGAACGGAGACGUGCUACAUCAACCUGGAAGUCAUCAUAUCAACUAAUGCAGGGAUGAUCGCUGGUGUUACGGUUGGUUGUAUUUUGGCUCUCAUCCUAAUCAUUCUUUUCUUCGUCUUCAUGUGGACAAGACGGAAAGACACAGAGGAGGAUUUGGCCAAUGAUAUCAUUUUUUUUGUGUAUUACCGAGAGGAUGCUCAGGCUCCCAAACGCAUCUCAUGGGCCAAGAGUGGCACUGGAUCUUAUCAUCUCUAAAAACGGCACCCUGUCCUCCAUUCACACCGGCUCUUACCCACGAGACACUCAGAACCACCACCAUUACCCUCACUCUGACACGGCAUCCAUCCUCACGGCCACGGGGGGCAGCAUAAGCGGCUACCGCUCGCAGCCUCCAGCAGAUGCCACACUGGAGCGCACAUUGCCUGGCUACAACACCAACCCAACCCUGCCUCGUGGACCUUCGAGACCCCCCAGCACCAGUGGAGGCUCCCAGCACUCCUCAAUGGACAUCAAUUAAAAUGUGUCAUCAAGUUGCUAUAUUGGCCUUUAAAUGUUUUUUGGCAAAUAUUUAGAAACUGUUACUCUUAAAGAUGUGUGGCUUCUUUUUUUUUUCAAUUUAGAAGUGAAUUUGGUAGUAGCUUAAUUUAUAUUGUGUUUUUGUACCCCAUGAUGAUAUUUUAAAUCUAAUGUAUUGUAUUGAACAUGUAAACUAUAAUUAUAAAUAUUCCUUUACCUUACUGCAAAUAAGGUAUUUAUUUCUCAUUCAAGGUCUGUGGUCAUAAUUUCACAGCAAAUAUGUUUUUUUGGAACACCAGAUACAAAAACUAAUUAUUCCUGUUCAAUGAUAAUUGAUGUGAGGGAAAAUAGUUUUCCUUGUCAUUCCUAUCAGCAUUGUUCCAGAGUACUGCUAAUGCUACUACAGUUAGUGCUGACAAAAUUAUAACAAAACAAAUGGUUUCUUUAAAAAUAUGACAGGCAGACAGGCUGCAAAUGUAGGUCAUAAUAAGAGUAGAAGAUCAAGUUACCAAGGAAAGAAAUUUACCAGGGAAACAUGAACUCAAAAUGGAUUUAUUUUCUUAAUGAACGUCACUGGUUUUACUCAGAAAUGUGUCAUAUUACAGAAGCAAAAUGGGUUGCAAAUGGCAGUUGAUGGUCUCUUUAUAUGUAUACCAGACCAUAAAAUAAAUCUCAAUCUGUAAGUAUUCCAAAUCAUGUCGUAUUUUUUACCACCUUUUUCAAAAAUGCUUUAUUAACAACUGCUGUUUUUUUUAAAGUAUGUUGUAUUGUAUGUAUUCAACAGUGCUUUUGAAUGUUUUUCACAAUCUAUUUUACUUUAUUUCACUGGAAAAUGUUUUGUUGCCUAUACCCAAAUCAGUCUUUUUGUCAUCUACAGACUGACAACCUCAAACUGUUCUCUAAAGGACAUUUAUUGUAUAGACAUGAAACACUUGUAUUGCACACUUGUAGACAUGAAAAUCAUAUUUUUUGAUUAAAAGAAACUGGCUGUAAAAAUGCAAUAUGUUCAUUUAUGAGGAAAUAUAGGCCUAGUUGUAAUUUUAUGCAGAGUCCGGAAUUUAGCAUCACAUAUAUUUUUGUCAUCAUUUUCAUAUAUUUUGUAUGAUGUUUAACACAAUGGUUCCCAACCUUUUUAAACUCGCGGCCCACACAACCAAACACAUAUGUUUGCGUGGUCCACU